AUGCAAACAGGUAGCAAGAAAGGAAAUACUGCAAGAAGUCACUUCAGGCAAGAAUUAACAGAGCAGCAAAAAGCUGAAGUAAAAGAAGCCUUUGAUUUGUUCGAUACUGACGGCUCUGGAGUAAUCGAAGCUAAAGAGCUUAAGGUAGCUUUAAGAGCUCUUGGCUUUGAGCCUCAAAAAGACGAAAUAAAAAGACUCAUAAAUGAAGUUGACCGCUCAGACAAAGAAAGAGACGUGACCGGCACAAUCGAUUUCAAAGAAUCUUACUCCCCCCCCCCCCUCCGUGAGCGAACAAAAAAAUUUUGUUCGCUCACGGAGGGGGGUUAAUUUUUUUUUUUAAAAAAAAUUUAUAUAUAAAUUUUAUAAAAAAUAUUUUUUUCGAAAUUUAAAAAAAAUCCUAAUUUGCAAAAAUUGGGAAGCAAAUAUUAAUUUAAUUUGCAAAAUUUAUGUUUUAAAACGCAAUUUGUUUAAAAUUAAACAGAAUUAGCUCUAGAUUUCAUUAUACUAAUUAUCACUUAUAUAUCAAAAUUUUUUUCCAUUAAAAUUUUUUCUAUUAAAAAAAUUUUUGUUCACUCACGGAGGUGGGUUUUUUGGUCAAAAAAUGGCGAUUUUUCUAAUGGUUUUGUUCGCUCUUAGAAAUCAUGACAAUGAAGAUGAGUGAAAAAGAUAACCCAGAUGAAAUCCAGAAGGCAUUUGACUUAUUUGAUAUAGACUCAGCGGGCAGAAUUACCUACGAGAAUCUAAGAGAAAUUGCACUUGAAUUGGGAGAAAAUAUUAGCGAAGACGAAUUAAGAGAAAUGAUAUAUGAAGCUUGCAAAGACCGCUACGGUGCUGUAACAAAGGAGCAGUUUGAAGCCAUCCUUAAUCGUUAA